CACAAGCCGACACGAUGAGAUCCAAGGCGAGGGCGAGAAAACUGCCCAAAAGUGACAGUGAGCUUGUAAAUAAUAUGUACGAGACCGACCCCGACCUCCUGGCUGGCGACAGUGCAGAGGAGGAGACAGAGGACAGUAUAAUGUCCCCCAUUCCUGUGGGACCUCCGUCACCCUUUCCCACCAGUGAGGACUUCACUCCCAAGGAGGGCUCACCUUAUGAAGCUCCCGUCUACAUUCCUGAUGACAUUCCAAUCCCACCAGAUUUUGAACUCAGAGAAUCUUCGAUUCCAGGGGCAGGGCUAGGGAUUUGGGCCAAAAAGAAGAUUGAAGUUGGGGAAAGAUUUGGACCCUGUAUGACAGUACAGAGGAGCACAUUAAAGGAAUCCAACUUUGGAUGGGAGCAAAUACUGACUGAUCCCGAGGUGACCUCCCAAGAGGGCAAUAUAAAAAAGAUUGCUGCUGAGCUGGGCAAUGAGAAGCUGUGUCUGGAUGCUGGCCAGGGUGGAACUGGGAACUGGCUGAAGUACAUCCGUGGGGCCUGCUCCUGCCAUGAGCAGAACCUUGCUGUCUGCCACCUGAACGACCAGAUCUUUUAUAAAGUUAUUAAAGAAAUUGAGCCAGGAGAAGAGCUCUUGGUGUAUUUGAAGGAAGGUGGUUAUUCACUUGGGAACAUGGCACCCAGCAUGGAAGAGGAGCACACGUUUCGCUGUGAGGACUGUGAUGAGCUCUUCCAGUCCAAGCUGGAGCUGCGGCGACACAAGAAGUACACCUGCAACUCUGUCAGCUCCCUCUAUGAGACCCUGAGUGAUGAGAUCAAGCAAGAAGGUCUUGGAGAUGGACAGGUCUACGAGUGCAAAGACUGUGAGAGGAUGUUCCCCAAUAAAUACAGCCUGGAGCAGCACAUGGUGAUCCACACCGAGGAGAGGGAGUACAAGUGUGACCAGUGUCCCAAGGCUUUCAACUGGAAAUCCAACCUGAUUCGUCACCAGAUGUCUCACGACAGCGGGAAACGGUUUGAAUGUGAAAACUGUGUGAAGGUGUUUACUGACCCCAGCAACCUCCAGCGGCACAUCCGCUCCCAGCACGUGGGGGCCCGGGCCCACGCCUGCCCCGACUGCGGCAAAACCUUCGCCACCUCCUCGGGCCUCAAGCAGCACAAGCACAUUCACAGCACUGUCAAACCUUUCAUAUGUGAGGUCUGUCACAAAUCCUACACGCAGUUCUCCAACCUCUGCCGCCACAAGCGGAUGCACGCGGACUGUCGCACGCAGAUCAAGUGCAAGGACUGUGGGCAGAUGUUCAGCACUACCUCCUCCCUCAACAAGCAUCGACGCUUCUGCGAGGGCAAGAACCAUUACAGCCCCGCAGGGAUCUUUGCCCCUGGCCUGCCCCUCACGCCCACUUCCAUGAUGGACAAAUCCAAGCCCUCUCCCAACCUCAACCACGCCAGCCUGGGAUUUAACGAUUAUUUUCCCUCCCGCCCGCACCCGGGGGGUCUUCCCUUCUCACCUGCCCCCCCUGCCUUUCCCGCCCUCACUCCGGGAUUCCCAGGGAUUUUCCCCCCAUCUCUGUACCCCAGGCCCCCCUUGUUACCACCCACACAACUGCUCAAAAGUCCCCUCAACCACACUCAAGAUGCAAAGCUUCCGAGCCCCCUGGGGAACCCGGCGCUUCCUCUGAUCUCUGCGGUGAGCAACAGCAACCAGGCUGCUUCGGGAGAGGAGAAAUGUGAAAGCAGCCUGGAGAAUUCCUACCUGGAGAAGCUAAAAGCCAGGAACAGUGACAUGUCCGAUGGCAGUGACUUUGAGGACGUCAACACGACCACAGGCACAGACCUGGAUACCACGACUGGCACGGGGUCAGACCUGGAGAGCGAUGCAGAGAGUGACAGGGACAAAACAAAAGAUAAGAGCAAACAAACUGAGAGCAAACCAGACUUUGUCAGCAGCACUGUGUCUGCCAGUUCCACCAACAACACGAGCGAGAUCCCUCUCUUCUAUUCCCAGCAUUCCUUCUUUCCUCCCCCUGAAGAGCACCUGUUGCCCACCACGGGAGCAGCCAAUGACUCCAUUAAAGCCAUCGCCUCCAUCGCCGAGAAGUAUUUUGGGCCUGGCUUCAUGGGGAUGCAGGAGAAAAAGAUGGGUUCGCUCCCCUACCAUUCCAUGUUCCCUUUUCAGUUCCUCCCCAAUUUCCCCCACUCACUCUAUCCUUUCACAGAACGGACCCUCAAUCACAACUUGCUGGUCAAGGCAGAACCAAAGUCACCCCGGGACCUCCACAAAGUCGGCAGCACCAGCUCCGAGUCCCCCUUUGAUCUCACCACAAAGCCAAAAGAGAUGAAGCCAAUCUUGCCACCCCCAAAGGUCCUGCCAGCCCCAUCCUCAGGGGAGGAGCAGCCACUGGACCUGAGCAUUGGCAACCGCAUCCGAGCCAGUCAGAACGGGGGGAGAGAGCCACGGAAAAACCACAUCUAUGGGGAGAGGAAGCUAAUGGCAAGUGAAGUCUUACCCAAGAUUUCCCAGUCUCAACUGCCUCAGCAGCCAUCCCUGCAUUAUGCUAAGCCAUCACCCUUUUUCAUGGACCCCAUAUACAGCAGGGUGGAGAAGCGGAAGGUGACAGACCCUGUGGGUGCCCUAAAGGAGAAGUAUCUGCGCCCCUCCCCGCUGCUUUUUCACCCCCAGAUGUCAGCCAUAGAAACGAUGACAGAGAAACUGGAGAGUUUUGCAGCCAUGAAGGCAGACACUGGCACAUCCCUGCAGCCCCUCCCACACCACCCCUUCAACUUCAGAUCUCCACCCCCCACGCUAUCAGACCCCAUCCUGCGCAAGGGCAAGGAGCGCUACACCUGCAGGUACUGUGGCAAGAUCUUCCCCCGCUCGGCAAACCUGACGCGGCAUCUGCGGACACACACUGGAGAGCAGCCCUACAGGUGUAAAUACUGUGACAGGUCAUUCAGCAUUUCCUCCAACCUCCAGCGGCACGUUCGGAACAUCCAUAACAAGGAGAAGCCAUUCAAAUGCCACCUCUGCAACCGCUGCUUCGGGCAGCAAACCAACCUGGACAGGCACCUGAAGAAACACGAGCAUGAGAACGUGCCAGUGAGCCAGCACUCUGGAGUCAUCACAAACCACCUUGGGACCAGUGCCUCUUCCCCAAACUCAGAAUCAGACAACCAUGCACUUUUAGAUGAAAAAGAGGAUUCGUAUUUCUCCGAAAUCAGAAAUUUUAUUGCAAAUAGUGAGAUGAAUCAAGCAUCAACCUUAGCAGAUAAAAGGCCAGAAAUCCAGAAUAUUGAUGGCAAUUCCCAGUGUCAUGGAUUAGCAAACGAGAAAACGGAGGAUGUGGAUGAUGAAGAUGAAGAACUGGAAGAGGAAGAUGAUGACAGCCUGACAGGGAAGUCACAGGAUGAAACAGCAUCACCCACUGCAGAGCCCCGAGGACCAUUUGAGGAUGAGGAAGAUGAAGAACCCACAUCUCUCACCAUGAGCUUUGACCACACCCGAAGGUGUAUUGAGGAGGACGAAGCCGGAUUGUUAGAUUUGGAGCAGAUGCCGAAUUUUGGGAAGGGGCUGGAUCUCCGCAAAGCAGCCGAGGAAGCCUUUGAAGUUAAAGAUGUGUUUAAUGCCACCUUAGACUCUGAGACAAUAAAACAGACUCUGUACAGGCAGGCUAAAAACCAGGCUUAUGCAAUGAUGCUCUCCCUGUCUGAGAACGCUCCCCUCCACACGUCCUCCCAGAACUCUCUGGGUGCUUGGUUGGACAUGGCAGGAGCAGCUUCAGAGUCGGGGACCUUUAACCCCAUCAACCACCUCUGA